UCCCCGUCCUCCAGACCCGCGCUCACUCUCCGCCCGCGCCCCUAGCCCGCCGCGCACCGCCACGCACCGCCGCGCAGCGCAGCGCCGCGCGGCGCACCGCAGCCACCAUGAAGAGGCAGAACGUGAGGACCCUCGCCCUCAUCAUCUGCACCUUCACCUACCUGAUCGUCGGAGCCGCGAUCUUCGACGCGCUCGAGUCCCAGAAGGAGACGAGCCAGCGGAGGGAGCUGGACCUGCGCAGGGAGCAGCUGCUCCGGACCUUCAACCUGACCGAGGACGACUUCGACGAGCUGGAGCGCGUGGUCCUGCAGCUCAAGCCGCACAAAGCCGGGGUGCAGUGGAAAUUCGCCGGCUCCUUCUACUUCGCCAUCACUGUGAUCACCACCAUCGGAUACGGCCACGCAGCCCCCAGCACAGAUGGAGGGAAGGUGUUCUGCAUGCUCUACGCCCUCCUGGGCAUCCCCCUCACCCUGGUCAUGUUCCAGAGCGUGGGCGAGCGGAUCAACACCUUCGUCAGGUACCUGCUCCACCGCCUGAAGAAGUGCCUUGGCAUGAGGCGCACCGAGGUGUCCAUGGUCAACAUGGUGACCAUCGGAUUCAUCUCCUGCAUGAGCACGCUGUGCGUGGGGGCGCUGGCCUUCUCGCAGUUCGAGGGGUGGACCUUCUUCCACGCCUACUACUAUUGCUUCAUCACCCUCACCACCAUCGGCUUCGGGGACUACGUGGCGCUGCAGAGCGAGCACGCCCUGCAGACGAAGCCGGAAUACGUGGCCUUCAGCUUCAUCUACAUCCUGACGGGCCUGGCCGUGAUCGGGGCCUUCCUCAACCUGGCGGUGCUGCGCUUCAUGACCAUGAACGCCGAGGACGAGAAGCGGGACGCCGAGCAGAGGGCGCUGCUCGCGCACAACGGUCAGGCCGGGGGCCACGUCCACUGCGCCGCCGACCCGGCCUCCGCCUCCUCCACGCCGUCCGGGUGCGGGGGCGGCAGCGCGGUCGGCGGGAGCGGCGGGGGGGGAGCGGCGAGUCGGGGUCUCCGCAACGUUUACGCGGAGGUGCUCCACUUCCAGUCCAUGUGCUCCUGCCUGUGGUACAAAAGCCGGGAGAAGCUGCAGUACUCCAUACCCAUGAUCAUCCCGCGCGACCUCUCCACCUCGGACACCUACAUGGAGCAGGGGGAGGCGUUCUCCAACCCCCUGCACUCCAACGGCUGCGUGUGCGGCCUGCAGCACCACUCGGGCAUCAGCUCGGUGUCCACCGGCCUGCACAGCAUCAACACCUACAGGAGACUCAAUAAACGGAGGAGCUCCAUCUGA